UGAAAGUUCAACAGAUGAGCCCAAGACCCAUAAACGACCCAUAAAAGCUACUUGGCCAAUCAAGAGUUGAUUAUUUCUCGUCACAGUUACUUAGCCACAGAUCGUUGACGCUAACCGGAAUUUAGCGGGAAGAAAGUUAAAAUUUUGAGGCUUGCGUCUGUGAAUCCCACAAGCCGCCCCAAUGCACCUUUGACUUGACGCCUCAGGCCAAACCCAAAAUUUGAGCUUUCGAUUACCGAAACCGAACCGUUCGUCCAAGAUUUACAUCAAACCGCUCACUCCCCGUAAUUCCACCCUCCCGCACGCAACACCCUAAUGGCGUCCAGGAGACUCGCUUUCAACCUCGCGCAGGGCAUGCGCAGCCGUGCCGCGAAUUCUGCCAUACGACCAUUACGAAGAGGUUUUGCAACUCCGGUGACGUCUCCCGUUGGCGCGAAGACCCAGACCACAACAUUGAAAAAUGGUCUGACGAUCGCGACCGAAUACUCCCCUUGGGCGCAGACUUCGACGGUGGGAGUAUGGAUCGAUGCCGGUUCGAGGGCCGAGACGGACGAGACAAAUGGAACCGCACAUUUCCUAGAACAUCUCGCCUUCAAGGGUACCCAGAAGAGAACUCAGCAACAACUAGAGCUCGAGAUUGAGAAUAUGGGUGGUCAUCUUAACGCUUAUACCUCGCGUGAGAACACCGUCUACUUCUCCAGAGCAUUCAACUCCGAUGUUCCUCAGUGCGUCGACAUCCUCGCCGAUAUCCUCCAGAAUUCUAAACUUGAGCCCUCCGCCAUCGAGCGAGAACGUGAUGUCAUUCUCCGUGAAUCAGAGGAAGUUGAGAAGCAGCUCGACGAAGUUGUCUUCGAUCACCUCCACGCCACUGCCUACGCUCACCAGCCUCUCGGCCGCACUAUCCUUGGACCUCGAGAGAACAUCCGUGAUAUUACCCGAACCGAGUUAACCAACUACAUUAAGACCAACUAUACUGCUGACCGUAUGGUUCUCGUCGGUGCUGGUGGUAUUCCUCACGAUAAGCUCGUCGAGCUAGCCGAGAAGAACUUCUCUAGCCUUCCUACUUCUUCGCCUCACACCGAAGCCUACCUCCUCUCCAAGCGAAAGCCUAACUUCAUUGGUUCCGAGGUUCGAAUCCGAGACGAUACCAUCCCAUCCGCCCACAUCGCUCUUGCUGUUGAGGGUGUGAGCUGGAACGACGACGACUACUUCACUGCUCUAGUUACUCAGGCCAUCAUCGGCAACUAUGACAAGGCCAUGGGCAGCGCACCUCACCAAGGCAACAAGUUGAGCACCUUCGUUCACCACAAUGACCUAGCCAACAGCUUCAUGAGCUUCUCCACGAGCUAUAGCGACACGGGUCUAUGGGGUAUCUACCUAGUGACCGACCAGCUCACCCGUAUUGACGACCUGGUUCACUUCACUCUUCGGGAAUGGUCCCGCCUUUCUAGCAACGUCACUGAGUCCGAGGUCGAGCGAGCAAAGGCUCAACUGAAGGCCUCAAUUCUCCUUUCCCUCGACAGCACAUCCGCCGUUGCGGAAGACGUCGGCCGACAACUCGUCACAACCGGCCGCCGCCAGAGCCCUGGUGAGAUCGAGCGUGUCAUCGAUCACAUCACGGAGAAGGACGUAAUGGACUUCGCCCGGAGGAAAUUAUGGGACCAAGACGUGGCCAUCAGCGCCGUCGGCAGUAUCGAGGGCCUUCUCGACUACCAGAGAAUCAGGAACGACAUGAGCCGAAACUUUUAGGCGGACAGUGAUUGGGGACAGCGGCUUGAAGGGGGGGACUCGGUCAUAGAGUGUAUCAGAUAAUCACGCACUUAUUGUACCAUACCAUAAAGAUUUCUCAUCUGUUAGAUUCCCUCGACCGGCCCAGAAGAUAUUUUGUUUGUGUUACCUUUUCUGCAUCGGUCCCUAUAAUGCAUGGGUUAGGUACCCAGGACUGGUGUCAUUGAGUUUAAUGUGAUAUGUUAACGAUCAAGUUAGCUCGCUUAAAUAGCGAAUACAAAGGCUCUUCAGAGUCGAAUCACUAACUUUAAAUAGAGGAGCAUCUGUGAAAAUUCUACUAAAUUGAUUCGUUGUCUAGCCGUCUACCAGAUCGGGAAUUUCAGAGUUCUGUACGAUGGAUGCUAUAUGUCCGAGAUUUAUAUACUCUUUCCACAGGAGUAUGAGAUACAGGUCGCUAUAGAAUACGUAGCCCACUAUCCCAACGUCCUAUGCCAGGGAACAUCGAGCCGGUACUAUUUACCUCGAUCAAUGGAGUCACUCGUGCUUUCGACUGCCACGUAUGAGUCAAUACCCCUUAAUCCAUUGAGACUCCCUAUUAUACCGCCCAUCGCUACCUAGGUAUAGGUAGCUUUUCAGCAUCGCCAACUAUAAAUGGCUAAACUGUCUAGUCAAAGCACGUCUG